GAUUUCAACAGGAUACUUUGAUAAAGGUAAAGUUCAUUUAGGAGGGUUUUGGGAAGAGGAUAAAGUGUAAAUUUAGUUGUGAGUUAUCGGUGAUUUCCUCAGAUAGUUUUGAGAGAUUUCAAAUCAUUUUUAUAAAAUAUGAGUGUAAAGAUUCAUAGAGAUGAAUAAAGUUAUAUCAGACCUCCAAGCCAAAGUCAACAUCAGAAGGAGUCUCAAAGAUAACCCUUCACGUUCAAGGAACGAAUUCGGCAUCAAGUUCAAUAAGACUACCAUCAAAAAUUCGCUAAAUUUAGACAAGAGCAUUCCUUUUUGUGAAAAGCUUGCUAUAUUGAAGUCAUACGACAAACUAAGCAAGGAAAAUAAAACUUUUCUGCCUGAACUUGCUAAUGACCUUAAAACAAAGAUCAAGCAAAGCAGAGGAGCCAUCCUCAAACAGAAGGUUAGAUACAAGAAUGGUUUAAAAAUAAUAAAAUUGAGAAAAACUCGUCAUUCCCAAGCUUAUUUUACCGAUAAGGCCUUAUCGAAGAUUUUGAUCAAGAAAGGGAAACAGAUGUCAAAAGCUAGCCCUCUUGGAAGAAAAUCAGCUGUUGCCAUCCCUCAACCGUUAUCUAGUUCUUCGAUUACUAGAGUUCCUACAAACAGUAAGCUACAUAAAUCAAUGAACACUUGGGUUGUACCCAGAAAUAGCUAAGGAGCCUAAUUUGCUAUGUAACUUAUAAUUAUUCAUACGAAGAUAUACAUCAAGAUGAGAAAUGAAAGAUUAUUAGCUACGCACAUCCAUUCCUCAUUAUGUUUCAAUUUGGGAUGAACAUUAUUAUAAGAAAACCCACGUUUACAUGUUUCUUCUUCAUAACAAAUUUCAUAAUCUAAUUCCCAAAUUAUUCCUGGAUGGUCCUAACAACAUUUUAGAAGAUAGUAAAGGAGAUAUUUCAAGACUGGAUAGAACCCCAGUAAGGUAUCUAAGCCCACUAGAUGAGUUUAAAAAUGCCUGCCAAAAAACCAAGGGAGGCUGUUAUAACUCGUUGAAAUAACCUCCAAAGCUCAAUCUCGAGGAACUUUUAUAACAAGAAAAAUAUGUCAUCGAUUCCUUUAUGUCUAAAAAGCAAGCUAAAACCUCCAAAGUUAUCUCCUAAGCAACAGGAUGAGGAUGUAAUGAACUUUCUCCGAAAGCUCCCUAGAAGACCUCAUAAGUGCUCUAAAAGCACAAAGAAUAUUGUUGGUUAUGAGAACUCACAGAAGUUGAUUCCAAUACCUGUAUUUCCAUAAUAAUAUGUUAUUCAUAAAAUUUGCUCA